AUGAGGGUCGUGCUGGAGGCAGUGAGGUCCUCGACCAUAAAUUUACCUCCCGCCAGGCGACCAACGCUGGUCACCAUGCGUUUCUGGUUGCUUUGUAUCUGCUCUGCUCGUGCCCUCGCCCAAGCUGUCGACGAUGAUGUCCACGUCCCCGUCGAAAUCCUAGCCAUAUCCAGAACCGGCUCUGACCUGGCAGAGCUCACCCCCCUCACUUUCAACGCACCUGAAACAAGGAUUGGGUUCGGUGAUGUGGCUCGCCGCGAUCAUAUUAUUUCGGGGCUGCUCGCUCGCCAAUCGUGUCCUUCGGGUUAUGGCCUAUGCAGUGGUGGUGAUUGUUGUCCUUUGGGUGGUAGAUGUUGCGGUGCCGGAACUUGUUGCCCAUCGGGAGGUUGGUGCUAUGGAGGUGGCUGUUGUAGAAGCGGCGAGAGGGGAUGUGAGAACAACUCGUGCUGUAGCGGUGGUUCUAGUUGCUGUUCAGGAGGGGGAUGUUGUCGAUCAGGGACCUAUUGUGCCGUAGCCAACGGACGUCGUGGGUGCUGCGAGAACGGAAAAAUAUGCUCUGGCGGGGGUUCCUCAGGGUGUACUUCCUCCGGCUAUUCACAGUGCUCGGGCGAGGAUUUCUGCUGCCCUACCGGAGAUAUCUGUUACCGUGAUACUGAGAAUAGGCCCAGGUGUAGAUCUCCUUCGUCUGGCGGAGGCGGGGCAACCACAACCACCACGACCCCUCCACCGCCGACGACAACAACACGAACCACUGAGGCUCCUCCCCCUACUACAACUCCUCCCACACAAGCUCCUCCCCCUCCCCCUCCCCCAGCUACCACCACAGCUCCCGCGGCACCUCCUCCCCCUGCACCAACGACGGUGCGACCUACUACUACUGGAGUUCCAUCAGGUACUGCGACCUCCGUCGUUCCAUCUCCAACGGUGCCUUUAGGUUCAUCGCUCGUCGAUAUAUCGGCUACCGAUCCACGUAUAUCUUACCAAGGUAGCUGGCAGUCUGUGGACUCUGCAUGCAAUUCUUCGUCACAGUCCAGAUUGACGACGGCACCCUACUCGUCGUUCUCUUUGGAUUUCGAAGGCAGCGCGGUGUAUCUGAGUCUUGCGGCUAACAACGCAUGGUAUACAGUCACUGUCGGCGGACAGACAUCGUCAUUUGGAGGUUCUGAGAAUGCGAUCAGUAUUGUCCCAAGUAACUGCACUCUCAGCUUUGAGCAGAGGAAUUUACCGAAUCGUCUCAACACCAUGGUGGUCUUUAUCAACGGUGCCUCACUGGGAACAACGACGAUGGACGAUCCUUGGUCCUUUGCGCUGGAAAAGAUUGUGGUGGUCGCAGGUGGUAGCUCCACCACAACUAGGACAGGUGCUGCCCAGAGUACAAUCAGUGGUAUCCUUGCGAACGCUUCCCCUUCGACUUUCGACAUACCCUUCGGUUACGUGGCAGCGAUUGCUGCAGUUAUCCUUUCCCCCGCCUUUUUGAUAUUGUAA